GCCUAUAUUUAGACCUACUAAAUCUUACAAGUAGCCUCCUCCUGUAGGUGGCAGCAAAAUUCCUUUUACACUAUUACUUAUCAUGAGACUUCACAAGAGGCAGGAGAAGAAUACAACCCGUUCUGUAGUGGGGUUUAAACGUGAACACGGCAAGCUAGCGUAUUAGUGUUGGAUAGUAGGUCUGGUAACGGGAGUGCUCCGCUGUCUGCACUUGGCUUAAGACAGAGGCGGAGACAAGAGAACACCCGGUUGUUUUAGAAAGAAAAGAUUAAUCGGCUGCAUCCAUCAUCUAAAGAAGCAGAGCUACUCUCUUCUUUUAACGUAAGUUUGGUUUGCUAACUAGCUAGCUUGCUGGUUAUUAGCUAGCAGUUGUCGGCUAACGUUGCCAGAUAAGAGAUAGGCUUGUCCCGUUCUUUUGCAAAUAAAUUUACGUGUCCUCUUCAAGACGGACGCAGCAGCCUACUUUUUUCGUCUCGAGUGUCCUCAUAAAGCGGAAGUUAUUGAUUGCAGCGUAACCAGCGACAGUGGGAGAAGAGGAAAAUGACGGGGAAAUCAGUGAAAGACAUUGACAGAUACCAAGCAGUCCUUACAUCCCUUCUGGCUUUGGAAGAAAACAAGUUCUGCGCCGACUGCCAAGCAAAAGGUCCCAGAUGGGCUUCCUGGAAUCUGGGAAUCUUUAUCUGUAUCCGCUGCGCGGGAAUCCACAGGAACUUGGGGGUGCACAUCUCCCGGGUCAAGUCGGUCAACCUGGACCAGUGGACCCAGGAGCAGAUCCAGUCCGUGCAGGAGAUGGGCAAUGCCAAGGCCAGGCGACUCUACGAGGCUUUCCUACCAGAGUGCUUCCAACGUCCAGAAACCGAUCAAAUUGCAGAAAUGUUCAUCCGUGACAAGUAUGAGAAGAAGAAGUACAUGGACAAGUGCAUAGACAUCCAGUCCUACAGGAAAGAAAAGAACAGCGAUGUGAUCACCAAAGAGCCACCAGUGGUAUUUGAGAAGAUGAAGUUGGAUGACUCACAACGGUCCACCCCCAAGCAAUCCCAGUCUGUCAAUGACCUGUUGGGGCUAGAUGCCCCGGCCCCCAGAGCUGCAGUGGCCAAUGGGAGGCCGAGUCCUGAGGUGACCCCGGCCCUCGACCUGUUCAGCUCUCUACCCGCCACCAGCUCCCACUCCAACAGGAGCACGCCUGCCUCGGGCACCAUGCCCAGCGGGCGCGUGGCCGCCUCCGUGCCCGAGAACCUCAGCCUGUUCCUGGACCCGCCGGGCAGAGCCGAGGAGACUGGCGGCAGGGCCAGCAGCGGGCAGAAGCUGUCCAAGGACUCCAUCCUCUCGCUCUACGGCACCUCCUCCAUGUCCCAGAACAACAUGGCCACCCACGCUGGCAUGUACAUGAACCCUGCCCAGAUGGGCUACCCAGCAACAGCCGCAGCGGCUGCUGGCUAUGGGCAGUACCAGGCCAUGGCAGCCCAGGGGGGCAUGAUGGGUGCCAUGAUCGGCCCCCAGAUGGGCAUGGUGGCGCAGCCCGGUGUGAUGCCCCAGGCGGGCAUAAGUGCGCAGGCGGCGGCGGCAGCAGCAGCGGCGGCCGCCAACCCAUACAUGGCGGGAUCCAUGCAGGGCGGCAUGAUGGGAGGGGUGGCGGCCGUGCCACCUCAGCAGGCCUACGGAGUGCAGCAGGCCCAGCAGCUGCAGUGGAACCUGGCCCAGGUCAGCAGGGGGCAGCGCGCAUGGUCUUCCACUGGGAUGACUCAGCACAUGGCCGGUAUGAACUUCUACGGCACCAACAGCAUGAUGGGAUACGGGCAGCCCAUGGGCGGAACCUCCGCAGCCACCACGCCCACUUCCGCUCACAUGCUGGGCUCACAAGUGUGGAAGUGAUGUCAUGGCGCCCAGCCAUGGGAUUGGACAAUGGCUCUUGGACGGAGGACAGAAUGGACCAUGGGAAAGGGGGGGGGCGAGGGUGUCAUAUACAUACAGACACACACACACACACACACACACACACACACACACACACACACAGACACACAUGCGCACACACACUCACACACACACACACGCACACACACACACACACACACACAUAAACAUACGCACAUCAUCAUGUUCAUUUUUGCCUUCAGACUUUUUGUUACCGCAUAGCAGCAGUGAGCACGGCUAAAAGGUCAAUGGUGAGAUGGAGAUAUGUUUGGAAUUGUGGUUGAUGAUCACAGUGCCACCUGGUGGAUUGGGAGUCAUAUCACGCUUCGUCAUGUCAACCUCACUUCAGCGUGGACCAAUCUUUUCGUCGUUCAGCUUCCUCAUUAAUGUGACUUUGCGUUCACUUCCUGUGUAGAUCAAUAAGCAGUGUGGAUUUCCUGAGGACAAUGUUUUUUUUUUUUUUUUUGUUUUUUUUUCCAGCCCUCUCAUUUAGUUAGCUUGUGUCCAUUACCAGGAAAUCUUUUGGGUUUCUGUUAGUUUCGGCUGCAGGCCUUUGAAACCGGUUGUAGACCUCACUUUACCGUCAAAGGUAGUCGGCACAGGCGAUGAAAACUAGUGUCUGUGUGUUCAAACAGGGUAAAAGCUGUGACACAGUGUGUAUGUGUGUGUGUGUGUGUGUGUGUGUGUGCGUGUGUGUGACUAAGCGAGUGAGUCUGUAUCAUGAUCGAUGCUGUGUUGUGUUUAACCAAUACACCUUCACCAAACUCAGGAGUCACCUUUUGAAGCCGGUCAUGAGUUUUGGAAGGACUUAGUGGUACUUUUUCAAAUUCACUUGCACUUGAAUAGCUCACAAUAUGGAGAGAUUGAUUAUUUGAGAAUUGGAACCAAAGACUUGCCGUAGCUUUAGAACUGUACAUGAACAUGUGGAAUCUGUGGUAAACUCCCACUCAAAGUGAGGAAGUACGUUACUGAUGUAAAAACCUGUUAGACUGACAGGGAAGAACUUGUAGUCAUUGGGCUGUUGGUAGACAUUUUUACAGAAAAUAGCUGUAAGUCGGGAUUUCAUUAUACUAUUGUUCACAAUGCUUUUUCUUCUAUCACAGUGACAGCAAAUGUGUCUGUUCUACAGUUAAGGCCUGAAUGUUUUUGUGUGUAUCAGGGAAUUGGUUCAGAUGAUGUCUCAUUACCGCUGUUGCAUGAGGGGGUUCUUUUCUGUAUGCUGGUUGUCCAGAGAAUGAUUGUACCUGUAACUCUCAGCUGUCCCUACACCUGGGUUUGAAGACAGAGUUAGAAGAGGUAACGUGCUGUUUUGAUUUUUCUAAAUGCAACUUUAUGCAUGUGUUUCUGAAUGUCUGUAUCAUUGGUUUCUGAAUAUG